AUGGCAACGCAGUCAUCAUGGAAGGCUGACGGAAGCAUCGAAGGCCACCCAAUCCUCAGGGUUCGUUUAGCCGGCCGCAUGGGAUCAUCUCUCAGCGUCUCGACAUUCCAGGCCUUGCGAUCCUUGAGUGCUUCACCAUAUUUCCAACCCGAUCUUUUGCUUCCUCUGGUUUGCCGUCCAAUCCGCUGUGCUGCAAGUCUUGGGACGCGGACUUUCUCAGGCUCUUCGCGCUUCGACGUCAGUUUGUCUGGCACAAAUUGGGGCAAGCAUAUCGCGGAGUCUUGGUUGCAAUUCUAUCCCCAUUUGCCUUGGAUCUCGUGCCUGCCUCCUGGCUUCCAAGACGCCGGCAUUGGAAGUUUAACGGACGCCAAACCUUGUCGUACUUUUGACGUUAUUGUCUUGCAGAAGGAAAUGCGACUUGUUUACUCCCCAGUUGAUGUCGCACAUCGCACAGGAUCUCUUCCGCACAGGCCUACUCGCUGCAAGAAAAGUGAAUCUGAAGCUGAGAGAUUUGGGCAACUGCCUACGCACUCUCUAUCACCCAGAAGCCUUGAGAAUCUCAAGUUCCUCUACUUCCAAGACGAGUGCUUCAAAAUCAACCACCUCAAUCUGACCAACAAAAAUAAUCACCACAUCCUUCCCGACCUGGCAUCAUCAUCAUACAGUACAGGCGCCGUGUCCGUACACCACACCACUGACUCAGCAGAGUUUCGGUUGGGGUGUCAAGCUUCAGCAGGAGCGCCCUAUGCGGUAUGCAGCUUACUCGGCCGCGUACUGGCGCGCAGGAACGGACCUGAUGAUGGACAUGACCAUCAACUCUUAGGCUUCUGGAGCUGUUCGAGACGGGGUUUCAAACGGGUCAAAGCCACGAAUGGUCGCUCUCGAAGCAGGGAUCAGCCCUGUGCUUGA